CUGCUGAAUUGAGCAAACACACACUCGCCGCUAGCAUUGUCGCUUUCAAUCACACGGAAGGGCAAAGGGUAACAGCUAAGACUGCAACAUCCAAAAUUGCCGAGAGCAGCAAAUUGUUUAACUGCAGCUAGGGAACUUUGUGACUCACGGAUGAUUCCUGCCUUAUUUACGGUUGGUCUGCGCUGGAGCGCGCACUCGCUCGUGCGGUCCAGUGCCACGCAGGCGCGACAGGCCUCGACGCUGCUGUAUGUCGAGCACAGCGGCGAUGGAACGGUCGCCCCGGCGACACUUUCGGCAGCGGAAGCAGCUAAGCAUCUACCAGGCCAGCUAGAGGCGCUAGUGUGUGGCUCUGGCGAUGCCGUAAAGCGUGCAGCAGAAGCUGCUGCACGCUUACCGGGCGUCAGCAAGGUGUGGCUGGCUUCGGACUCGGCCCUAACGCACCCGCUUGCGGAGACACAUGCCAAGCUGCUGUCCUCCCUGGCGACCAAGCAGAAGCCCAGCCACGUCCUAGCGGCCAGCACUGCUCAGGGGCGCAACGUGCUGCCGCGGGCGGCCGCCCUGCUGGCCACACAGCCGGUGACUGACGUGGUGCGCAUUGUAGACGACAACACAUUCGUCAGACCCAUCUACGCGGGCAACGCCUUUGCGACUGUGCAGUUCAAGUCCCCGCCCGCCGUGCGUGUCGUUACGGUGCGCCCCACCGCAUUCCCGGUCGAUCCAACUGCUGCCGCCGCAGCGGGCGCACCGGGUGGCAGCGGAAGCCCGGCGCCAGUGGAGCCAGUGCCUCCCGAGCUGCUGGCGCCGCUGAGCAGUGUGCCUGCAGCCAAGUGGGAGAGCGCGGAUGUGCGCAGCACCGGGCGGCCGGAGCUGGGGUCGGCAAAGGUGGUGGUGUGUGGCGGGCGCGCGCUUAAGAGCGCUGAAAACUUCGCCAUGCUGGAGCAGCUGGCUGACUUGCUAGGGGGCGCGGUGGGGGCGUCGCGCGCGGCGGUGGAUGCCGGCUACGUCGCCAACGACCUACAGGUGGGGCAGACCGGCAAGGUGGUGGCGCCCGACCUGUACAUUGGCGUGGGCAUCAGCGGAGCGAUCCAGCACCUGGCGGGGAUGAAGGACUCCCGCACCAUCGUGGCCAUCAAUAACGACGGCGAGGCGCCCAUCUUCUCUGUGGCGGACUACGGCCUAGAGGCAGACCUGUUCAAGGCCGUGCCCGAGCUCAUUGAGGCGGUCAAGAAGGUUAAGCAGUAGCAGUAGCAUCGGCGGCAGAAGCUGGCAGUAGCAGUGGUGGGGCGGGAUCAGCGCACUUGGCACGUUACGUUUGGACGUUCGUUGUACACUAUAGCCCGCAUGCUGUACAGUUUGCUACCGUAAUAGAGGUUGGCGUCAAUUCUUGGAUGUACAGGGAUGUACGGACGCAGACGUGGUGUUGCCGGCUUGCCACAGACAGGCGGUGUACUAUAAGGUAUUGCCAAAGGUUGCAGUCUCGUGUAUUGGGUCAGGUCGGGGGGAACGGUUGCGCAACUGCCCCAAUGUGGCAUGGGCAACACGCUUGCAUGGUCAGUCGUAGCUCACAGCAAAGCUUGUGGCUGUUGCGCCCGCCGGCCGCCGGAAAGGCUUCCAUGCACGGCAAUGACAUCUACGUGACAGGUCGCGCUGCUUAUUAUUUGUGGUCUGACGAGAGCCAGGGGGAUAGGGAUGAGGAGAGGACCGUAGGGCGGAUAUGUGUUAAGGACGCAGUGGCCGGUCGACAAAUUUUGAUGCAUGGGUGUGGCGGUGGUGCAGGCCGUGCACGAACAAUACAAUUAGGACAGUGUUGUGUGUCAUUGCCGCAUUGCUGAAGGUUGCGAUUGCAGGGUGAUGACGGUGAUUAUGCACACCGCACACAGACACGGCGCCGCAGGACGGCAGGAGCCUCUGGCAGAGCGGCACAGCUAGCCAGUGCCGCCGUGGCGGUGUGCCGGUGCUAGCCCGAUGCGGACAAGUAACGGGUUACCCGCACA